AUGGCAAAUUCAGAAGUGCAAAGUGAUAUUCCACCUGAACCAGAGUGGUUAAAACUAUUAAAAUGGAUUCUUAUGGGUAUUUCUUUGCUGCUUCUUAUAUUUUAUAUAAUUUGCAUCGCCUAUUCCGUACCUUUGCACGAACAAUUUCACACAAUUCGAUUCAACACAUCUAUCGCUGCUGUAGUUGCUUUAGGCUCAUUUUUAGCUGCCGAAUUUUUACGUGACAAUGAAGAGGUAUGCAGAAUUUUAUCAGGUACUAUCCAUUACUCCUACACCGCUGUUUCAGCGUGGCUUUUAAUGGAAGGUCACGCAUUAUUCAGUGCUAUUGUAGCUGGUGUUGUUAAAGGAAGAGUUUUCUUAUAUUUACUUCUUGGUUGGGGCUUGCCUGCUAUAGCUGUCGGUGUUUCGGUCGUCUUAUAUACAGAUUACGGCUACGAUUACAGUAGUCCUAAANUUAAUUUCUUUUAG